AUUUAUUAGUUCUCAUUUGAUUAAAAUGAGUGAGCUUGUCAGCAAUCUAAAGACUCGUCCAGAUAUAUCGAAGCCACAAUGGAGUCAAAGGACAUAUUACGGUCGUGUCCGUCACUUUUUCACUCUUACUAACCCACUCACCCUGACCUCAUCAGUUGCACGACAAGAGCAAUGCCGACAAAUUGUCUUGGACUACAAGAACGGAAAAGUCAGUCCGACGUUGACUGUGAGCGAGUUGUGGAAGGCAAAGACGUUGUAUGAUUCCACGUAUCAUCCGGAUACCGGGGAGAAGAUGUUCUUCUUGGGAAGAAUGAGUGCACAGAUGCCCGCCAACAUGCUCAUCAACGGAAUGCUCUUGAGCCUUUACCGUACAUUCCCGGGUGUUGUAUUUUCCCAUUGGAUUAAUCAAUCGUUUAAUGCAGUUGUCAACUACACGAACCGCAGUGGAAACAGUAAAACCAGCAACGAAAGGCUCAUUCUCUCCUACUCGUGUGCUACUGGAGGAGCUAUGGCUGCUGCUCUGUCACUGAAUGCGAUGGUUAAGAACAAGAACAGUAUUGCUGCUCGCUUGGUUCCGUUUGCCGCUGUAGCAUUGGCUAACACAAUCAACAUUCCGAUGAUAAGGAGCAACGAAGUAACAGAAGGAUUGGAGUUACGUGAUGAGAACGGAGAGCUCUUGGCAAGGUCCCGACAAAUGGCUAUACUCUCCAUAGCACAAGUCACAUUGAGUCGGAUUGCAAUGGCAAUGCCAGAUAUGGUGAUGACGCCAAUCAUAAUGAACCGAAUCACACGAACGAUGUACUACCGCACCCGUCCCUGGAUGAAAUACUCCGAGUACCCGAUUCAAACUAUGCUCGCUGGGAUGGCUCUCUUCUUCACCACUCCAAUGUGUUGUGCACUUUUCCCGCAGAAGACGGCAGUUGAAGUUACCAAACUGGAAGCAUCAGUUCAGAAAGAGAUAUUCUCCCGAGCCGAUGCGCCUGAAGUAGUGUUCUACAAUAAGGGAUUGUGAGAAAAUCAAUUCACACUUAGGACGUUUUUCAACAAUAAAUAUGAUUGUUGAAUUUUCUGAAUGCCACGGUUUGGCAAUACCCAAAAAGUUUCAGAAUCCAAAAUGUUGUUAUCAAAAAAAUCGAUAGUUGCUCCUCCGCCUGCAAAAACCCCUAACAUCAGCACAACCAUAAAUCAUUCAUUUGACCCAA